AACAACGGGGGAUGGGUGGCGACUGCGACGGCCGGCAGGAAGCCUGCUUGGCUCGGAUCGCCUGCAGGGGAGGCUCUGGCAGGCACUGGGCUCCUUGCAUUUGGCGUGCACGCUCCUCAUUACUCGGGCUGCCUGCGUUUGUAUUUUCCGGCGCCUGCAGAUCCCCUGCAAGUAUAUGGAUUAACUGACCUUAUUGGCAUGUUUAUGGAGCUGCCGUCGGCCUGUUCUCCAUUUCUGGGAAACUGCCUAUGACUGGAUGAGAAUGCCUCGAACAAAACAAAUAAAUCCAAGAAAUUUGAGAGACAAAAUUGAAGAAGCACAAAAAGAACUUAAUGAAACAGAAGACCUACAGAAAGACAUCUCCGAGGCUGUUGCAAGGGGGAGCACAGAUGCAGUCAAAGGCGUAAAGCGCAAAAAGAUAGUCACUGGGAAUCAUCAGACAAAAAUACCAAAAUCGCCUUUGAGAACUCCCGCCCGGGCAAAAGCGAAAGAAAAAACAGAAGACCCUUCUUCAUUUUCUGAUAUCCUCCCUGAUACUUCAGAGCUCCUAAAAGAAGUGCACAGUUUAGCCACACAAAAUGGGAAGCAGAACAAGCAAAGCGAGAGGAUGCUUAGCAGUGAGGUAGCUGUUAAAACGUCCAGGCCUGAGACUUCACUGCACAGCAAGUUGUCUCUGUUACCUCAAUCCAUGGACUUGAAUAAAUGGCCAGUAGAAGACUUCAGUUCAGUGCAGACUGUGCAGAAGGGUUCCACUAGCUCUUCAAGUACAGCCGCGGUUGACAAUAAUGAAUGUAUUCAUUUCACCGAUUGUAAUGAUUCAUCCUCAUGUACAAAUACUGCAUUUGAUGUCUUACUGAAAGCUAUGGAGCCUGAGCUGAACACCUUAGCACAAGAGUGCCCUUCUAGUGGGAUGCAAGUAGAACUACCAAGACCAAAUACAACUGUAAGCGCCUCUUCUUCUCUCACAUCCAAUACACCGACUGUCCAAAGUCAUGCUGCUGUGGUGCAGCAAGAAUUUGUAGCUGGAUCUCAAUUUUACACUUCACAGACUGUGCAUGUAGCAACAUCAGGGAAGAGUGAACAAGCACAGAUGCACUCAGUUGCUCACUCACAAGAACAAGUACCUGCUAAAGCUGGGCAGCAGAAAAAACAAAUUACAGCAUGCCCCAGUUUUACAAACUCACUGGUACAUCAGCCGAAUCAGGAGAAUCUCAAGCUUCAGCAUAUAUACAGCAUUGCAGUGACUUCUCCAAUAAUCAGCCCCCAAUCUUCAGUUACUCAGGCUUUUUCUCAAAACCAGCUAGUAGCAAAAUCUUCGUUGCCUUUGUCAGUUCACCCACCUAGCUCUACCACCCAGUUACCUAUAGCUCCUUUGUAUAAUUCAGCCCAGAUAGCUUCGGUAGAACAAAUAUGUAACCUUCUGAAAGUCCAGAAGCCUAAAAAGCUGGGGAAAUACGUCUGUGAAUAUUGCAACAGGGCUUGUGCCAAACCCAGUGUACUCCUAAAGCACAUACGUUCCCACACAGGUGAACGGCCGUAUCCUUGUGAGACUUGUGGAUUUUCAUUUAAGACCAAAAGCAAUCUUUACAAGCACAAAAAGUCUCAUGCCCAUGCUAUCAAACUUGGACUUGUCCUCCAGCCAGAUUCUAGUGGGCUGUUCAUCUCCCAUGAAUCAGACAAGGCACUUAGUAUCCAUUCAGAUGUGGAAGACAGUGGUGACAGUGAUGAUGAAGGCACAGCUGACGAAAGGCAAGAUGAUCAAGGGUCAUUAGAAAUGGAAUCUGCUCAUGUUCUGAAAAUCCCCUCUACUUCUGAAUUGCUGCACAAAGGCAGUCCCGUCUCAGCAAGCAACCCAGAACGUAUAUUGGAUGACUCUUCAUUUCAGGACUCGGCAACACAAGCGGGUACAGGUUUACCUAAAGUGAUAGUUUACCCUAUAAAAGUUUCUCCUUCAAGGUCUGAUAGCCCUAAAGUAGCAGACUCCACUUCUACCCUUCCUACAACACAACAAGGGGACGUGAAAGACACAAGUGUGAAACCAAAUUUAACACCAACAGACUUUGUGAAGGAUUCUGAUACUAAGCAGCAUCAGAAGAUAGAGGCAAACAUUUCUGAGGAGCAGUUCGGAACUGCUGCAGGAACAGCAAUGCAUGCACAGCUACAAAGGCAGCAGGCAACAGAUUGUUCUCAGGAUCAGCAAGGAAAAUGUCUCCUGAGCCCUAGAAGUUUAGGCAGCACUGACUCAGGCUACUUUUCACGAUCAGAAAGCGCAGAUCAGACUAUGAGUCCAUCCGUUCCAUUUAUGAAGGGACUGCCCGCUUCUGAAAAGGACCCAAGUAAAGGUGGUAUGCAACGAAUGAAUACUUCCAUGGCAUCCAUUGUACAAACUGUUUGUGCUGACAAAGUGUUGCUCUCUUCUAGUCAAAUGAGGCCCCCUUUAGCCACAAAAACGCUUGAAGAACGCAUUUCAAAAUUAAUAUCUGAUAAUGAAGCUGUAGUGGAUGACAAACAGUUGGACAGUGUGAAGCCACGGAGAACAUCCCUUUCAAGAAGAGGUAGCAUUGAUUCUCCAAAAUCCUACAUUUUUAAAGACUCCUUCCAGUUUGACCUAAAACCAAUGGGUAGAAGAACUAGCUCAAGCUCGGAUAUACCAAAGUCUCCUUUCACACCAACUGAAAAGUCAAAGCAAGUUUUUCUUCUGUCUGUACCUACUCUUGAUUGUUUACCUAUUACUAGAAGUAAUUCUAUGCCUACUACCAGUUAUUCAGCUGUACCCACAAAUGUAAUACCUCCCCCCCACCCCCUACGUGGAAGUCAGUCUUUUGAUGACAAAAUUGGCUCUCUGUACGAUGAUGUUUUUGUGCCAGGCCCUGCCACUCCACAGCUCCAAAGUGGGCACACUCGCACUCUUGUUCGGCAAGCAGCGAUAGAAGAUUCUUCAGCUACUGAAGGGCAUGCUUUUGGACCAGCACGCUCUGUAGAUGAAAGCUAUGGAUGCAGUGCAUCAAAUGAAUUCUCAGUGGCAAGAAGCAAGUCAUUCGUACAGGGGGCAAAUUUGGAUAAAAUUAAAAAGUCACACCAAGGCCGUGGGACAAUGUUUGAGUGUGAGACUUGUAGAAACAGAUACAGAAAACUGGAAAACUUUGAGAAUCAUAAAAAGUUUUAUUGUUCAGAGUUGCAUGGACCAAAAACCAAGGCAGCUAUUAGGGAUUCUGAACAUAAAACGGUCUUGAACAGUAUGCAACCCCAAAUCCUUCACUAUAGAGUUGCCACUUCAACUGGGAUCUGGGAACAAACAUCUCAGAUAAGAAAAAGAAGGAAGAUGAAAAGUGUUGGAGAUGAUGAUGAUGAAUCACCAACAAAUGAUACUGGUAAUUUGUCAAAGAGCAUAACGGAGUCAGAGUGCCAGAAUAAACUAGGGAAUUCCACCGGUGUCUCCAAACAUACUUCCACUAUCGUAGGAUCUGGCAGCAUUUCACUUCAGAAACUAUCCCAUAAUGAGGUAGAGGCUAAAAGUACAGAACAGACCACAGCACCAAAGAUGUUGCUGCAUGGGGCAAAGCAGGCUGUUCAAGUUGCACAAGAAAAAAACGAAGUGAAAAGGCAAGGGGCUGGGAUUUCAGUAAUACAGCACACAAAUUCCUUAAGCAGACCUAGCUCUUUUGAAAAAUCAGAUUCAUUUGAAAGAGUGUCGCCUGUUUCCUUUCAGGAAGCUAACAAGCCUCUGAAGCUCCAUUCCUUGAAUCCCAUUGUAGUUCAAGAGGAGAACUGUUCUUUCCUGACUGCCUCCCAGCCUCCUCAAGUAGCAGAAGCACUGAGAGUUCAGCUUCAGCAGCGUCAGGUCACUCCCCAUGAAAGGAAUUCACCAGUGCCACCACUAAGGCUUGUUCGCCAACAUAACAUCCAAGUUCCUGAGAUUCUGGUCACAGAAGAGCCCGACAAAGACCCAGAAUGUCUAUGCAGUGAUCAGGCGAAAACAGAAAAAUUUAAUUGGCCCCAACGUAGUGAAACCCUGUCGAAGUUGCCCACAGAAAAGCUUCCACCCAAAAAGAAAAGAAUUCGCUUGGCUGAAAUUGAGAAUUCUUCUGCUGAGUCAAGCUUUGACUCUACGCUUUCUAGAAGUUUGAGUCGAGAGAGCAGCUUAUCACGUGCAUCUAGUUUCUCUGCCUCUUUUGAUAAAGACGAGGUCUGUAAGAAUGAGAGUGUCCCCAAAGCAGAAGCAACUAAUAAACCUCUGGAAUUCCUUACAAUACCUACAAGUUCAAAGACGCUCAGUGUACCUGGUUCUCACUACCGAGAAAUGCGGCGAGCUGCUUCUGAGCAAAUAAGUUGCACCCAACCAUCGAUGGAGAUUGCAGAUUACCGCAGCAAGUCCUUUGAUUGCGGAGGGAUGACUCUUCCCACGCCUGCUUCACUUGUAGAGAUAUCUACUUCCAAACUGGUUUCUGGUAAUAGUGGUGCUACGCACGUCCCUCUGUUGGAAAGGAGGAGGGGGGCCCUUGUAAGACAGAUAUCCUUAAACAUUGCCCCAGAAAAGAAUCAGCCUGACACCAUGUCAGAUACUUUGUUUCAGACAACUUCUGCAACAAAUAUUUCUGCUGUGUCCUUUCAGAGGUUACAGAGUUCUGGGAAUACGUCUGAGGAAUAUUCCUCGAAAUCUCAGCAUCCCCAAGCUUAUAUGAAGCCUUUGCACGAGUCAGUGAAAAACGGCUCUCUUAACCUGGCUUCCAGCGAGCACUGUUUAGGCUCUAAUCUGAACCAACAUGAUCAGCAAGCUGUGCUCAGUCAGCAUUCCCAGUCGCUCCUUCAAGGCAUACUUGGAGCUCAGAAAAUCAGGAGCUUGGGUAGUGGUCAGCAUAUUGGUCAGGAGGAUUGUUUUGCUCCCAAAUAUCAGCUUCAUGUUAAAGCACUGCACGUAGGACAGCAAUACCCUCUAGGUCUUCCAGGUGCAGCUGGCAGAGAGCAGAUUGGGACUCUACCAGAAGUACACAUAAAGUUAAAUGACAAAGUGUCCAAGCCGUAUGUGACACAACCCAUGCAACAAACUGUUCCUGAUAACUGCAGUGGUCCAGUGUAUCAGGUUGCUCCCUUUGUUGUCCCCGUGCGUAUUCACAGUAAUAUGCCAUCUUAUGGUUUAGCUGCUGUUGCACCCCUUCCCCAAAUUGUAGUAACUCGGGAUCAGGUAAACCAAUCUCUUUGUAAAACAAACACCGUGUCUGUGCCAACAGUCAAAGAUCAAGCUCAUCUGCCAAAAUCCCAGAAAGAUCGUUUGAUGUGUUUGUCAAUUUCACAACCACCUUCUGUGUUUGACUGCCUGGUUUCCGAGACAGGUGGCAAAAAUUCAGUUUCACAGGGGUCCUUAAGUACAGUUCAGAAUGUGCCAGUGAGUGGACUAUUUCCUCAACAGGAAGCCACAGUGUCAAGCAAACGCAUGCUCUCCCCUGCAAAUAGCUUAGAUAUUGCCAUGGAAAAACAGCAGAAACGUGUUAAAGAUGAAAGUGGAGCUGCUUGCACAACAGGUGCUCUGUCACUGUAUCCAUUAAACACAAAUGGCAAUGCCCCGAGUAAGCAAAAGAAGCCACUUCUAGUGCGACAGAUCUGCACCACAGAGCCUCUUGAAAGUUUCUCAUUGGAUCACGAUAACAAAAGUUGUGGAGUCAGUAAAUCUCCAGAUGUCCCGUUGCCAGCGUCAGCUGAUUCAGGCCAAUCUGGAGCUCCUUCCUUCGUAACGGAACCUCUAGAACACAAUCUACCAACCUCAGGAGCUGUAGUUUUUACAGUUGGGAAGUCACUUGAAGCUCCUCCAUUGAGUACUCAGACUUCAUUUCUAAAGGUUCUAGGUAGCAGUCAAGAAAGGAUGUCCCCAGGAGUUAAUAAUGAGAACAAGCAAUCCAGUAUCCUGAGCCAGGCAAAAUCCGGAGCCACUCUGGCUGUGGUGAAUGCAAGUGAUACCCAACAAUUAUCUUUUCCAAGCCUAAAAACAGCAACAAAUCUUACUUGGUGUUUCCUUUUAAAAAGGAAGCCUGUGCAUCUGUUACAAAAUGAACAAAAGACUUCAUCUUAUUCUUCCUGGACUAUCAGUUCCAAUAAUCCCAAUCCACUUGGUUUGCCAACAAAGGUGGCUCUUUCCCUCCUGAAUUCAAAGCAGAAAUCUGGAAAGUCCCUUUAUGCUCAAGCAAUAAGUACUAACUUUACAGCUGACAUACUGGUCUACUCUAGCAAAUGGAAGAACAACUUGCUUAAGAGGGCAUUAGUUAAACAAAAGGCAGCAAGAGAGUUCAGCAAUAAAGAAAACUAUGAAACAAGCACUGAUCAAGAUAAUGAGACCAUCACCAGAAGUGAGCCAAGAAGAGUGAAAAUAUUUGAUGGAGGGUACAAGUCAAAUGAAGAAUAUGUUUAUGUACGUGGGAGAGGAAGAGGGAAGUAUAUAUGUGAAGAGUGUGGAAUACGCUGUAAAAAGCCCAGUAUGUUAAAGAAACAUAUUCGCACACACACAGAUGUCCGUCCUUAUCACUGCAACUAUUGUAAUUUUUCUUUCAAGACUAAAGGAAAUUUGACAAAACAUAUGAAGUCCAAGGCGCAUAGCAAGAAAUGCAUGGAUCUGGGAGUCUCUGUGGGAUUAAUAGAUGAUCAGGAUAUAGAAGAAUACGGUGAAAAACAACGACAGGGUUAUGAUCGGUCAGGAUUUGAUGCAGAGGACUCAGACGGGGCAGACGAUGAGGAUAAUGACAAUGAAGAUGAUGACGACGACAGCCAAGCAGAAUCAGUUUUGUCGGCUACUCCCUCUGUUUCAGCUAGUCCACAACAUCACCCGUCUAGGAACAUUUCUCAGGAGAUCUCAAGUGCUGAUGAAGAAAUCAGGAUUGCCGACUGUUUUGCUGGGGUUCACACAGACUCUAUGGAUGGCCUACCAAAAGCACUUCUCACCAAGAUGACCGUACUUAGUACAGGGCAGUCAGACUGCAGAAGCUCAGGGCCGCUAGUAGCAGCUGUGCCCAGAGGGAUUGGUGAAGGAAACACACAAGACAUAGCAACAGCCACAGACUCUUUGGAGACUGUUCCCAAGUCUCCAAGCCAUCUGAUGUAUGUGGACUACUCGGAUGCAGAAGAGGCAUUAGGGAGGCCUGCUGCUACACCUAGUUUUCCUACUGAAGUAACUUCCAAGAGCACAACUUCAACGCGACUUCCCUCUCCACCUGUGGACCAGAGUACACAGACCACAACAACAGUUGCUCCUUCCAUAGCCUCAGUUUUCUCAGAGAUCCAAGAGCAGAAGCAUGAGGAGCAGUCGGCCUUGAAACUGGCAUCUCCCCAGACGCACCUGUUUAGCCACCUUCCUUUGCACUCACAGCAACAAACCAGGACCCCUUAUCAUGGGAUGAUUCCAGUGGGGGGGAUCCAUGUGGUACCUGCUGGCUUGGCCACAUACUCCACAUUUCUACCUAUUCAGGCUGGGCCGGUGCAACUCACUAUUCCUGCUGUUAGUGUGAUCCACAGAACUACAAGCACUCUCGGUGACGCAGCCUGUGCCGUCUCUGGCACUGCAAAUGGUCUCGGUGUUGCUGACAUGAACAAAGUUGUCCCUUGUAUUCCAAUAGGCCAGAUCAAUGUGCCCAACAUCCAGAGCCUGAAUGCCUCCACCCUGCAGCCUCUACCCUCCUUGAGCGUGGAUACCAUGAACCUCUUGGGCCUGGCCAACACCAACAUUGCUCCACAAAUACAUCCUUCUGGCUUAACCCUAAAUGCUGUAGGGCUACAAGUGUUGACUGCUAACCCUUCCCCUCCGAGCAACCCAAGCCCACAGGCACACAUUCCAAGUUUGCAGAUACUGAACAUAGCACUGCCAACAUUAAUCCCUUCAGUCAGUCCUGUAACUACAGAUGGACCGGGCAUUCCAGAAACACCAGCUUCCAAGAACAAGGCCUGUGAAACUCGCCCAAAUCAUCAAGGUUCUGGGAGUCUCGCCAAUGAUGAUCUUGCUCAGAUCACCAGUACUCCAUCUCCUCAGGUGGCCUCUGCCGAGCAGCAGCCUAGCCUUGAAAACCGGUCACAACAGCCAGCUCCUUCAAGUGGGUACCAGCGGCACGAGAGCCCGGCUAAACUGGACACUGAAAAGUCUGGCUCGGAGAGUCGUACGAAACCAAAGUGCAAUAUCAGUUCUGUUCAGGUCAAACAGGCUUCUGCAUCAGAGCCUCCCAUGAAGAUGAAUUCUGACAUUUCAUCCGGUUCCCCCCGAGAUCACACUGUUUCUCUUGAUAGACAGGUACACAGGCGAAAAGCGUUGCCUGAGAGGCAGAAUACUGUGGAGUUCAGUGAUGGCAGCAGUGAUGAUGAGGAUAGGCUCGUAAUAGCAACCUAGAGUUUACGGUUUUACGUUGGGGUUGUGCGUGUGGGUGGGUUUUUUUUAUGUGUGUGUGUGUGUGUGUGUGUGUUCUUUUAAGUAACACUUAGCCAGGUUUCUUUUCAAACCUCUCUUUUACUUAAAGCACAUUUGUUUUCUGACACCAAUUCAUUACUAAUCUUUGUGCAAUCAUGAACUCUUGACCAAUAAUUGUUGUUUCAUGUCAGCUCCGGCCAUUUUUUGUACAUGUUGUAUAGACAAUUGUGCCUUUUUCUUUCAAUCUUUCUCUUUUUUUCAGUUUUAUGUUUAGAAAACUGUACAGAUUGUCAAAAUUAUAUAUUAUAUGUAUAUUAAAACCAAGUAGUUAUUUGUGUUUCGUAAGUAAAAUAACAUUUAAAAACCUAUGUCGAAUGAAAUAAAUGAUUAAAUUAUAUGUUGCACUGUUAAAUGUAAAUUUUUAUGGCUGUGGGCAAAGUUUGUGUGUACAGAAUAUGUACAACUCCAUAUUUAUUGUAUAUUCAUAUUAGUCUUGGGGAAAGGGUCUGUUCAACUUUCUUGUGUAUGACAUUAGCUUUACACUUAAAACAGAAUCCAGUAUCUGUGUUAUUGAAUUAUUUCAGUAAAAUUUUUCUUUACUGACUUUA